AUACAUGCAGUCGGAUCCUUUGUCCCAAAAAGCCCACACCCACAUAUCCUCUAACCCAAAGGGAAAAUAAAACGAGUUCCCUUUUUGUUACUAUAUAUACAUCCGGAAAAAAAAAAUCUUGUUGAAAUGGCGCAACUCUAACAACUUUAGCUACUACAAAAGCACGAUUUCAAUAUGAACCAGUGUGUUCCGAGUUGGGAUCUCGACCAGCACGCCCCGCCUCGCCUCGUCCACCGUGCUCGUUCCAACUCGUCCAACUCAUUGCCCGCGGAAGUCGUCCCCUCGUUGGACUAUGAAGUAGCAGAGCUGACGUGGGAAAACGGGCAGUUAGCCAUGCAUGGCUUGGGCCCUCCGCGCGUGGUUAACAAGCCUACUCUCGCGUCGUCCCCAACGAAGUACAGUAAUUGGGAUAGGCCACGCGCCGGUGGCACGCUGGAAUCUAUAGUCAACCAAGCAACCGGACACCUCCGCCCGAAGUCCGCCGUGGACGGUGGCGGAGGAGACAAUGCCAAGGAGCUGGUGCCAUGGUUCGACCCCCACCGUGCCGCCAUAGUCAACCCCGCCACCGCCAGCGCCUCCAUCACCGUGACCAUGGACGCCCUCGUGCCGUGCAACAACAACAGCAUCUGUAGAAAUGAUAACAAUCAAGAAAACUCCGCUCACGUGCUGGAGGGAAUCGGCACGUGCGUGGUGGGCUGCUCCACCCGAGUGGGAUCGUGCAGUGCUGCCGCCGUCGCCACGGAUGGCGGGGAUCGGGUGGCGCGUGUGGGAGUAUGCAGUUGCAAGGCUAAUGCUAGCGCGAGCGAGAGCGCCACCUGCGGGGGGAGAGACAGCCGCCAGUUGACGCUUGACACCUGCGAGAGAGAAUUGGGUGGUGGAGGGUUCACGUCGACUUCGCUCUGGUCGCCGGAGAACACGAGCUCCGGCAAAGAAUACACCAAGACCUCCGCCGACGACCAUGACUCCGUUUGUCACAGUAGAUCACAGAGGGAUGCAUUUGAUGAGGAAGGCAAAAAGAAAGGAAGUGGAAAAUCAUCAGUGUCAACAAAAAGGAGUAGGGCUGCGGCUAUCCAUAACCAGUCUGAAAGAAAAAGAAGGGAUAAAAUUAAUCAAAGGAUGAAGACAUUGCAGAAGAUGGUCCCAAAUUCCAGCAAGACAGAUAAAGCGUCAAUGUUGGAUGAAGUGAUAGAGUACUUGAAACAACUGCAAGCACAGGUGCAGAUGAUGAGCAGGAUGAACAUGCCAUCCAUGAUGCUCCCACUUGCCAUGCAGCAGCAGCAGCAGCUUCACAUGUCCAUGAUGAGCAUGGCGGGAUUGGGAGUCAUGGACUUGAACACUAUCGGGCGUGCCGCCGCAAUGCCGCCUGUGCCAGCAGCCGCAGCAGUUAUUCCGCCGCCUGCUGCCUUCAUGCCAAUGGCCUCGUGGGAUAUUCAGGGCGAUCGACUGCCCUCGCCUGCGGUGGUGCCGGACUUUUUGUCGGCGGCGCUCCUUGCAUGCCAGUCUCAACCAAUGACGAUUGAUGGUUACAGCAGGCUAGCAGCUUUGUUUCAGCAAUUCCAACAACCCCCUACUUCUGGCUGAAAUAAUUUAUUUAAUCAAUUUUAAUUUUGUAAAAAAUUCUCUGUUUAUGCAGGAGAUCUUGGGCAAUUAUAAUAAAGGGCAUAACAAUGGAUAUAUUCUAA